AUGGGGCACGACAAAAAGAAAACAAAGAAAGAACGCAAACGAUCAAGAAGUAGAGACAAGCACUCACACAAUAAGUCCAAAAGACGCACACGUUCCAGUUCCUCCUCCGCGAGCAGUCACUCAGAGCGGAGCGAUUCAAGGUUUCAGACAGUCCUCGAUGAACAGCGUGCCGAGAAACGACGUUUACGAAAACUGGAAAAAGAGAAGCUGAAAGCAAAAGAAACCCCUGAAGAAAAGAGAGCACGUCGUUUGGCUAAGAAACUUAAGAAAGAAGAGAUGAAGAAAAAGGAGAACAAGAGCUACCUACCGCCUCAGAUUGCCUACACGAAUUUGAACAAUCCAUUCAACGAUGUAAACCUUACUGAAACCUUUGUAUGGGGCAAAAAGUUGGAACGAGAAGGCAAAUCUGGACUUUCGCGCAAGGAAAUCGAAAAAGAAAUGCGUAGCCGAGUGGAGAAAAACUUACGAGAAAUGGAAGAGUUGAAACGUGCACGUGAUGCUCGUUUGGCUGCCCGAGAAGAUAUGGAAAUGAUGCAGCGCGAUACCGAUCGAAAAGCACAUGCUGAAUGGACCUCCAAGGAAGCUGAUUUCCAACUUCAGCAGGCCAAGGUAGCUUUAGCAACUGUCUUCAUGUUCCGAUCGAGAAUCCGAAUUGAACAGAACCGAGCUAAACCCAUUGAUUUACUGUCAAGGUAUAUCGAAUUCGGUGAUGAGAGCAAUGAAGAUGACAAGGAGGAGAAAAAUAAUGAUGAAUUUGAACUGGAGAAUCCGCUCGAAUACAUUAAAGGCUUAAGUCAAGAUGACUAUGAGGAUUUGGUCGAGGAUAUCAAGAUAUACCGCUCUCUUGACGGCGACCGUCACUGUGAAUACUGGAGCGACAUUCGAUGUAUUGUGGACGAUGAACUACGGAAACUGCGAGAUGAUAGAGGCAGGCUCGGCACUUCUAUUCAUGGUUCAGUCCAGCAAGAUGUCGACAAGAUUUUUAAGGUAUUUGUGUUCGUGUCGGUCUUUUCUUUUCAUUUUUUCUAUUUCCUGGAUCUUUUCAACAUAACUGGACAUUUUAAACGCAACAUUUACUCCCUUACUUUACUAGGAAAGGGGAAUCACAAAAUUGCUAUGCAGGAAGUUUCUUAG